CUGACAUGGCGAAUUAUUUGACUGAACACCUUGGGGAAGUGAUGCAGAAACUUCCUCUUCCGCUUCCUAAAAUGAAUGCUAAAAGCCUAAUAAGAACGCUGCUUAUGCUUCAGUUGAGUUGAGCAGUUGGCGCGUGAAGUAAGCAAAAUGUGUCUUCAACAACCCAUACCACGAAGCAAGUCAUUGUAUCUUCAAUUUCAGCAGUCCCAAUCUCCGCGAGCGUCGCACCGCUGCCACUAUUUUCCCUGCUAUUCAGGAUUAGAUUGCUUUAACAUCAAUGAGAACCCCAGCAGGUCACCUUUGCUUACGGAAGGUUUCCAUGAUGACAACAACGACUAUUAUGAACCACACCAGCCGACAUUGGUCUGUGAUGGUAGCAACUCCAGUGAAUCGCGUUUACUCAGCGUUAGUUUCUGUGCUUGCACUGACUAUGAUAAGCUGGGAAAUAGGGCUGUGGGCUCUGUUGUAUUGAACCCCAGUGGCUCGCUUUUACCACGCUCUAGUCCUCAUGCUAACACCAAUCUUGCAAGGGUAGAGGUAAAUAGCAAGCUUAUAGAGCUGCAGGGCUGUGUUAGUUCAAAUCCAAGUGGGGAUGUUGCAAUUAGCUUUGAUAAUUCGCACGGUGAAAACACUGAUUUCGACCAAGCACAUAGCAGACCAAGAGUAAUGGUUAAAUUGAUCAUACUUGUUACUCCAUUAGAGUGGAUCUUUAUUCUCAUUGGCCUCGGACUAGAAAUAUUGUCGGCCAGUUUUGAUCAGGUUUCCUCCCCACGCAAGCCUCUUUAUGCACUAGUCAGUUUGUUGUUGGCUAUUACGGCUGUGUUCACUUGCAUCUUGGAGCUCAUUCACGGUCGAAUGAAGGAGAAGGACAAAGAUGGAUCUCCAAAUAGCAUGGUUCAUCGUUCGUUGCCUGACAUCUUUGGAUUGGGUCUUGCGGUAAUUCAAUGUGUUUGCUCGGCGGUGCAAUAUUAUUUCCUUCAUCAGCAAACUAGUACUCCCAUGAAACUGUCCCCUGUGCCUCUCUUUUUCUUUAGUUGUUUGGUGGUUUUAAAGUUAAAAAACAACUGAAGGCUCUUGUGAAAGGUAAACUGAAGAAACUUGGUACAAUAUGUAUCCAAAUGAAUGUUUUCUUUAUUUUCUUAUAUCGUUUGUAAAUUCACUACUUGAUUAUUUUAUGGGGUGUUCCUGUCCA